UGGAAUCAAGUGGCUGGUUCGCUGAUCAGCUUGGAAGGCAUGCCGAAUGUCCUGCCCUCGCUUACAGAGCUCAACCUGAGUAGAUGUAGUUCGCUCAAGUCACUCAAGGGAAUGCCUGAGAUGCCACAGUUGGCGACACUUGAGCCCCCACCGUCCAUCGAGUCUUUAAAAGACUUGUCGAAGAUGUUGCCCAUGCUUACAAGGCUCGACCUGAGUCGAUGUAGUCAAUUGAUGUCGCUCGAAGGAAUCUCCGAGAUGCCAAAGUUACGGAAUACUCAACCGCUCAAGUUCAUCAACUCCCUGGAAGGCAUGUCGAAGGAGUUUCCCUUGGUCACAUGGGUUAACCCCAGUAAAUCCAUCCGACUGACUUCGCUCCAUGGACUGUCAAAUGUGCCAAAGUUGCUCGAACUCGACAUUUCAGCCGACAUUGAGACAUUCGUGGACAUUCCCGACGAACUCCCAUCUCUCACCAAGCUCACAAUCUCCUCGCGCAUGCCCCACAACAUCUUGAGCCAACUCCCAACAAUGCCAAAGCUCAAUCAUCUCGUUCUCUCAAGCCAAUUUGUGCGCCUGGCCGAUCUGCGUGUCAGUCAAAGCUCCCUCACAGUUCUCGACUUGCAAGCUUGCUGCGAAUUGAAGUCGUUGGAUGACAUUCACUCGUAUCCCAAGCUCGAGAUUCUUUACGUCCCUCGAUCGAUUCGCAGAGUCAGCGGACUGGUCGACAAGCUUCCCUCUCUCAAGACACUGCACUUGGAUUCAAGUAUGAGGUCAUCACAUCAUUCUUUGUUGGUUGACACGUUUGACCGGUAUGCUGGCUCUUUCAGUCUUGGAUGGAGCAUCAUUCGCCGGAGGAUUUCCGGGCUUCCGAAGGGAUGCCGAGUUGUGUUCAGCGAUUCGGUCGAGUACACCUUUGGCCGAUUCUCGAGGUAGCUCGGCAUGGAGCUGCUCAAUGUCAUGUGUUU